AUGGGUCUUAAAGACAAUUUGGAAAAGAUUGGUGUUACACGAAAACACAUCUAUCGAGGAUCUUCCGCAUCCUUGAAUUUAGCUAUAUCCAAUUCGCAAAUUGUCGAAGUUGAUGAGAAAACGGGCAAAGUUCUAUCACGUACCAAUUCUGGAGCAAGUGCUCAUACCUUUGAGCCAGAAACACUAGAAAGAGGCUUAAAAUCAAGACAUGCUCAAUUGAUUGCUAUUGGUGGGGCCAUUGGUACGGGUUUAUUUGUUGGGUCAAGUACGGCAUUGGUUACCUGUGGACCAGCAUCCCUUUUCCUUUCAUAUGUCAUCAUGUCAUCAGUGGUGUAUUUCGUGAUGCAAAUGUUGGCCGAGAUGACAAUAUUUUUACCAUUACCCGGUAAUGGUCCAUUGGCAUUUAUUAAUGACUUUUUAUCACCUUCUUUUGGGUUUGCUUUUGGUUGGAACUAUUGGUAUGCGUUUAGUGUAUUGGUUGGGGCUGAAGUUACUGCCGCUGCUGUCGUUAUUGAGUAUUGGACUACCUCAGUCAAUACUGCCGUGUGGAUAACUAUAUUGUUGGCGGUGAUUAUAUUUAUGAAUAUGACGUCGGUCAAGUUCUUUGGUGAAGCUGAAUUCUGGUUUGCCUCAAUAAAGAUUAUUGCCUUGGUAGGGUUGAUUAUCUUGAGUAUUGUGUUGUUCUUUGGAGGUGGUCCAAACCAUGAUAGAUUGGGAUUCAGGUAUUGGAAACAUUCGCCAUUCAAAGAACACCUUACAGGUGGUUCAACAGGUAGAUUCUUGGGAUUAUGGACAGCUAUUAUCAAGUCAGGAUUCUCAUACAUCACGUCUCCUGAAUUAGUAUCAACAACAAUGGGUGAAACCGUUGCUCCAAGAUAUAACGGAGCUAAAGCUUCGCGUCGUUUUAUUUGGCGUUUGAUUUUCUUUUACGCCUUGGGUACUUUAAGUAUCAGUGUCAUUGUUAGUUCCAAUGAUAAGCAAUUGUUUGGUGGUGCUUCUGAUGCCUCGGGUAGUGCAUUCACAGUUGCCAUAAAAAACGCUGGUAUAAAAGGGUUAAAUCAUGUGAUCAAUGCCGUCAUCUUGACGUCGGCGGCAUCAGCCGGUAAUUCAUUCUUGUACUCAGCAUCAAGAGCCAUAUAUUCGAUGGCUCAAAGAGGUAAAGCACCAAGAAUCUUCACGACUGUCAACAGAUUUGGUGUUCCAUAUUUUGCCGUUGCCAUUUCAUCGAUAUUUGGCUUUUUGGCUUAUUUGAAUGUGUCUUCUUCAUCAGCAAAUGUGUUCAACUGGCUUACCAACAUAUCCACCAUUUCUGGGUUCUUGGCGUGGUUGGCUUUAGGUUUCACCUAUAUUCGUUGGAGAAAAGCCAUUGAAUUCCAUGGUCUUAGUGAUAGAGUACCAUACAAAUCCAUUUUACUUCCAUAUGGUGCCUACUACGUCAUAUUCAUGAUGUCGGUAAUUACAAUUACCAAUGGAUACGCCGUGUUUUUCGAUUUCAAUGGCGCUGAUUUUGUGGCUGCAUACGUGACAUUACCCAUUGUUGUUGGGUUAUAUGCAGCUCAUCGCAUUUACGAUUAUUGGAGAAAUGGAACUAAGCGGUGGUUGGUACCCAUUGAGGAGAUCGAUUUGACUAAGAAUUUGGAUUUGGUUGAAGAAGAAGAACAAAAUUAUGAACCGCGUGUGCCCAAGAAUUUUUUGCAAAGAUUUUGGUUCUGGUUAGCUUAA